AUGGAUUUUUCGAAACCCAAGAACCCUUGGGUGGAAACACCUCUAAUCGAAUCAAGCACACUCUCCAAAGCAGCAGGCUGCAGAAUCUUCCUCAAACUCGAAAACCUCCAACUCUCCGGCUCUUUUAAGGCCCGAGGAAUAGGCCACUUGAUGCAAGCGGCCCUCUCUUCAUCUCCCAACCCCCAUAAUAUACACUUCUACUGCUCGUCAGGAGGAAACGCGGGCUUAGCUGCUGUCCACAGUGCCUCUAAGUUAGACCGUCCUUGUACGGUGGUAGUCCCUCUAACCACCAAACCAAUGAUGAUGGAGAAGAUCCGCGCUGCAGGGGCAACGUCUGUACUUCAAUAUGGAGCAAGUUGGCAAGAAGCAGAUGAUCACCUACGCAACAGCAUCAUAGCCUCUGCAACGGAAAAAGGGGUAGAAUGUAUCUAUGUUCCUCCCUUCGAUCACCCUAAAAUCUGGAAAGGGCAUUCUUCGAUGAUCGAUGAGAUUGCAGAGCAACUCUGUGAGUUGACAGGCGAGGAAAAUGCAGUGCCAGAAGUGUUGGCGUGUAGUGUGGGAGGAGGAGGUCUCUUUAAUGGUGUGAUGGAAGGUCUUGACCGCCAUGACUGGAAAAGCACUAGAGUUCUCGCCGUGGAGACUAAAGGCACAGACUCGUUGGCUGAAAGUGUGAGACAGAAGUCUCAUAUCACGCUACCGGCAAUCACAUCGCAAGCCACCUGUCUAGGCGCCAAAAAGGUUUCGACAAAGACAUUCGACUUGGCAAUGUCGAGCGAGCAGGUUCAGACUCUGAUCUUGAGUGAUGAGGAGGCGAUGAUGGGUACGUGGAGGUUAGCAGAGGAAGAAAGAUUGUUGGUUGAACUGGCGUGUGGUGUCACAGUGGCAUUAUGCUAUGGAGAUCGCUUGAAGAAGGCUCUGCAGAGGGAAGUCUCCAAGGACGACAAGGUUGUUAUGAUCGUGUGUGGUGGCAGCAAUGUCACCAUCGAUAUGGUCUCUCAGUAUAAGAAAGACUCGGCGCAUGUUGAUGCAGGGCUAGGCCAGUAA